AUGUCUGCCUCCCCAUCUGGCAUGUCGAAUGGUCGAACUCCUACCCCAACUCCCAACAGCGGCGGCGCACCACAAUUUACACGUAAAGUCAAGGCUGCUGAUCCUUUGAGACCACGAAAGAAACCUAUCCGCAGACCCAAUCCAUCUUCUAUACCUGCCGGCGCGAACUUGAACGGCUUGACACCAGCCAGACCGAAUGGGCCUACAUCCUUAAGCAACGUUUCUGGUCCACGCGCACCUGGUCCGAGAGGUCCAAUUCCUAUCAAUGGCAAUGUUGCGCCUAGACAAACAUACGGUGGUUGGACUCAUCCUCCCAAGGGAGAAGUCACGGAUUAUCCUCUCUUCACUACCAGGCGGGCUUUGCGUGAUGGCAUCCGAUAUCACGCAAUGAGAUUUUCUGGAAAGAAAGAGGUUGACCCGACAGAUCAAAACGAGUUCACGCGACCAAUUUCUCUUCAUCGCAGAGACCCUCGGCAACCACCUCCGGGCAAAGCAUUCAAGGAUGAAGAUGUAGUUAUGGAGGAUGCAGUCGAUUCUAAGGAGAGAGAAAGACAAGAAAUAUUGAAGGCCGAGAAGGAGGCACAAAAGGCUGCAGAUCGUGCGCAAAUAGCUCCUACUGGCAAUAACGCCAAUGCAGCAGCUGCUAAGAAAGCUCAAGCUUUCCGAAAUGAAAAGACAACUCAAGUACAUCGCUUAGAUAAGACAGCAGAGCAAAAGAAAGAGUCCGAUCUUAGAUAUGAGGAAGCUUUACCUUGGCACCUGGAAGAUGCUGACAACAAGAACACUUGGGUUGGUAAUUAUGAGAGUGCUUUGUCAGAAGUCAAUGUUAUGUUCUUCACGGAGGGAAGUGCUUUCAAGAUGAUUCCAGUUGAAAAGUGGUACAAGUUCACCUCGAAAAAUAAAUUCAACACUCUCACAAUCGAUGAAGCGGAAGCUUUGCUGAGUAAGAAGACUAAAGAAUCUAGAUGGGCUAUGAAAACCCAAGAGAGAAACGAAGCUCAACGUGCAACUCAGGAAAAUAUCAGAGGAAUGAAUAAGUUGUACACUGUCAAGACAGAGAGUGCAAGUUUCAAGGGAUCAAGCAGAAAUGAAACAAGGGAUAUUGAUGAGCUUGAUUUUGAUGCUGAUGAUCUGUUUCAGGAUGAUGAUGAGCUUGCCACAGUUGAGCCAGAUAGGGAUGAAGAUACAAAGGAUGCUCAGGAAAGAAUCAAGCAAGAUCAAAGAGGUGCCAACUUGUUUGGUGAAGCAGAUGAAGAAACCGUUGAGAAAGAUUUCAUCAAAGAAGAACAAGAAUUGGAGGCAAAGAAGAAAUUGGGAAAGGGUGUCCGAAAGGCUUUGACUAAACGCGAAAAGAAUUUCAUCUAUGAUAGUGAUUCUAGCAAUCCAUAUGCUUCCUCGGAUAGCGAAGAUGAUACCUCCGAUGAGGAAAAGCAAAAGGAGAUAGACAAGAAGAAAGAUGAAGAGGCCAAAGCCAAAUUAAAGGCUGAAGCAAAGCCUUCAGGUACUUCGUCAAAAGGCAACACCACACCUUCCGGUCGACCUAAGCACACUGAUCCCUUGAAGAAAUCCAAGAAUCUUAAGAGAGCUGGAUCCCCAAACCUCUCAGAGUCUAGUGGAAACGAAUCUUCCAGAAAGAAGCAUAAGAAGAAGCAUGUCAGCUCAUCGCAACCUACAGGUACAUCUACUCCAAUUCCUAGUCAACCUCAGAGAAAAUCAUCUAUUGUCAAGAUGUCGGUAAAUCCAAACGAACUUUCAAGAAUCAGCUCUUCUACACCCAACCCACAAAGUGCCACAAGCGACGGAGAAGCCACGGGUGGUGAAAUGUCAGAUGGAGCCGGUUCAAAGAAGAAGAAGAUCACUCUUCGUAUGGGAGGAUCACCAACAACUUCAAGACCUGGUAGUCCAAUCCCCGGUAAAGCGAGUGGUAGCCGCGCUGGUAGCCCUUCUCAAGGAGCUGAAGCUACAUCGCCCUCUGGUUCUGGUCCAAUUACGCCCAAAGAUAUUGCUGGUCUGCCUUCAACAGGUGUCUCCAUUAGUCAAAUAUUGGCACACUUCCGUGGAAGAGUUGGCGAUGGUGAAGGACAGACCACUAAAAAGGAGUUUAUGGAAAUGAUCAAGAAAUAUACUAAAUACGGACCUGACAAACUUUUGCGACCAAAAGUUUAG